UUCUAACCAUGCUCUUUUUGAAACUGCUUUUAUUACGUGCAUAAACCUUUCGCUCUCCUUCUAUUUCCAGCAUAUUGUUUAGCCUACUUGGUUUUAUUACUUCCAGUCCUCCGGGGCGGGUCACCUGUCUUGUACCUUCGUUUAAUUACAUUUUAAAUAGACCUAACUGAAUAGGGGUUACAUUUAUACUGUGUAUACUGUAUACUGUACAGUCAGAUUAUGAGUAAAUGGUAAAGACAGUCACCGAACGGUCCAGAUUUUAUGAAACAAUGCAGAAUUUAUCUGGGAGCAAUACUAAAUUGCAAAAUUCACUUCUGCACUUCUAAAGAUGUAAUGACUCUGUUGUAUUUAAAUUGCAAAUGACAUGAAUGUACAGCUUAAAAUGUCUAAAUCUGGAUGGAUGAUCGUAUUGAAAUCAGUCUAAAUGUUUCCGCCACGGCUGUCGAAUGUCUGUCGGCAAUGUAUUAUGAUCUUAAAAGCCAUAUUUUGAACAGUGGGACUGUUUGUCACACUUCAGUAAUGCACUUCAGUGAUACACGGUGGUAAUAGGCAUUCCCUCCCCAGCAUAGUGCAUGCUAAAUAUUACUUAGGUGGGCUGUAAUGUGUAGGGAUUCCGAGUCGUAGCUACUUGUGAGUAUGUGUACGCCUCUCGGGGAAGCUGCCAAAGCAGACAUUUACUGCUCAGCCUGCCGAACACCCACGGGAGACGGGCGGAGCGGCUCGGAAAGCGGCCGCCAUUCAGUGCCUCGUUCCCCGAAACCUUGCGCCUCGCAUCUCGCGUUUCAUUCCGAGUAGCCCCUUAAUUUGGUGCCGGUCUGUCACUUGUCUUUUCAUCGCACUGUAAUGCGAUACGUGGAUGGAUGAAGGGCAAAGGCUAGUUUUGCACUUUGGUUAUAAUUAGAUAUUUGUUAUUUACGCAAGACUGACACCCCCGUGUCUAGAGCAUCACGUACAUUCUGGAUUGAUUAUGGGGCACAAAAACAGGCGUUGGCAUCACUAAACGAAGAUGGCGUUAAUAUAAUGUAUCCUUUCCCAUCCAUCCUGUGCCCCCUCUGCCACUUCGUCCUUACUCUGGUCCACCCUCGCAUCCCUUCUCCCCGUCCCUCCCUCUCCCCGUUCGCCUUUUCCAGCCCCUUUCCGACCGGUAGGGGUCGCCAAGCGCACAUCGCAGCCUACCUCGCACCCUCCUUUUUUCCCACCCCCCCAGCUCGGACGCCCACCCGGCGCUGCCUGCGCUCAGUCGCCGCAGAGCUGCGCAAAAUGGCGGCAGCGUCCUCCGUCCGGCCGCCGGGCUCGCACGCCCUGAAGCGGCACAACUCGCCCUUCCCGGACUCGGACAGCCCCGAGAGCCGCCAGGACGAGGAAGCGUCCUCCGAGGGGACCAGUCUGCGAGCCUUGCCGGACUUGGAGCCGGAUGAAAUCGAGAGGAGGCUGGAAAAAACUCGUAGGGAGCUGAGCAACAGGAGGAAAAUCCUCAUUAAGAACCUCCCUCAAGACAUAAGCAGCCAGGAAGUCCACGACAUCCUGAGAGAAUAUGAACUGAAGUAUUGUUACGUGGACAGGAACAAAGGAACAGCCUUCGUGACUCUCCUGAAUGGCGAGCAGGCCCAGGAUGCCAUCCGCUCCUUCCACCAGACCUCCAUCCGCGGGCGUGAGAUCACGGUGCUGCUGCAGCCCACCGACUCGCUGCUGUGCGUCACCAACCUGCCGCACUCCUUCGGCGCCGCCCAGUUCGAGGAGCUGGUUCGCAGCCACGGCAACACGGAGCGCUGCUUCCUGGUGUACAGCGAGCGCACGGGCCACUCCAAAGGCUAUGGCUUCGUGGAGUACAUGAAGAAGGACUCGGCGUCGCGGGCACGGGCUGAGCUGCUGGGCCGGCCCCUGGGGGAGUGCUCGCUUGUGGUCCAGUGGACCGACGUCAACCAGCUGACGGCUGAGCUCCUCCACUCCAAGUGCCUCUGUGUGGACAGGCUGCCGGCCGACUUCAGCGAUACCGAUGAGCUUGCCCGCGUCUUCUCCGAGCACUACAAGCCCAUCUUCUGCCAAGUGAGUUCACAAGCAUGCUACUCUGUCCCCAUCACUACGGGAUUGUUUUAACCUUUAAAUUGUCAUUACUGUUGGGGGGUGGGGGCAUUUUGUGAGGCCUUGUGUGUCGAACAUCACCCCUCCCUUGUGGGGGCGCUGUAUAAAUAUCUGUGUGUGCCUGUCUCCUGGGGGCAGAUGUCCAGCGGUAAGAAGGGUCUACUCCCGGAACCCAGUCUGGCACAGCUGCUGAGCAGUCUGGGCAAUCCGGCCGCCCUGCAGGUUCUGCUGAGGCCAUACCAGGCUGGCGCCAGCAAGAGAGGAGGGAAAUUUGGGUGUCCCCAGGGUUUGCCAUUCCUGCGCCCCCCCCUCGCCUCGGCUCUGCUGCAGUUGGGAAAGGUGCAACAGAGUGCCAUGUUGGGCAACGGACUCGUCCUCCAGAACCUUCUUCAGAUGCAACUGGCCCAGCAGCAGCUACUGCAGAUCAAAGAGAAGCAUGUUCCCAGCCUCCUGGGUGACCCCUCCAGGAUGCUCCUGCAGAAAGCCAUGGGCCUGAGGGCCACGGGGCCCCUCUCGCUGGGGAAGGGGCUGCUGGGAGACUCCCCAAACGAGCUGCCUCAGGAUGCCUCCCAGACCCCCGGCCAGGCACCAUACCUGCCGGGGCGGACGCAUCUGGGCCCCAGCGGGGGGGAGCAGAACGGUGUUCCAGCUGGGGACAAGCAGCAGGGGGCGCCGGCGUCCGGCUUCCUGCAGGGUGUGGCCAGCCCCAUAGUGAGCGCCCUGCUGGCGGGCCCCAAGUCGCGGCCAGGCAGCAAAGCAGGAGGCCUGGGCAGGACUCUGACCAGCAACCAGACCUCGCUGCUGGGGGAGCCACCGAAAGACGUGAAGGUGUCCUCCAACCCCUACCUGAACCUGGCCAGCGUGCUGCCCGGCGUUGUCAUCCAGGCUCCCAGCAGCAAGGCCCAAAGCAUCCAGCCGGCCGGGGGGGUUUAUAGCGCCGUGCUGCCCAGUGCCCCACAGACGACCACGCAGCCAGCCCCCCCGUAUACCACGGAGACCACCACCGACUACGCGCAGCAGUACACGCAGUCAUACUCACAGGAGGCCAUACAGCAGUGGUAUCAGCACUACCAGGCCCAAGGCUACAGCGGUCCCACCCAGGAGCCGGCCCCCAGCGACUACACCAAGGAGCAAGCCCAGGUUACUGCCUACACACAACCCACCUCCAGCAACUCAGAGACUUACUACCACCAGGGAAGUACGACCUCUUAUGGUGAUUACAGCUCCUACAUGCAGGCUGUCAGUCAGUAUUACUCUCAGACGCAGAUGUCCCAGACAGCAAUACAGUCGUACCAGCAAAGGGACGUCAACAAGGAUGCCGACGCCAACAAGGCAACCUUGGGUGGAGCUCUUCAUGCGGCCAGCAAUGGCAGCACCCAGAGUGCCCCCCCCGCGUCCGUGGUCACUGCCUACAGCUCUGUGCCCCUGGUACCAGGGUACAUCGGGCCUCAGCACGUUCCUGCCACUCCUGCAGCGCCCACUGGUGGCCAGGCCCCUACCACGACCACUGACUGGAGCCAGUACUACUACAAUCCUGCGCGAGGGCAGAAGCGAGAGUACCCCCUGCCGGCCCCCCAGGACGUGGCAGGGGAGGGGGCGUACGCAGGCCAGCACGCCCAGAGCCAGUACACAGAAUACUUCAAGAAGAAGAGGAUUUAAGCCCCCUACCCCGACACCCGUGCUCUCGUCCUCCGUGCUCUCGGUAUGCCCCCCCCCCCCGCGCAGCCCCCGCGUCCCGUCCAUGCCUUAACUUCCAGCCCCUCUCGCUUAUCGCUCGAUGUUUAAAUGGUUCUCGUUUACACGGGGGAGGGACGUACAUCUUUGUAAUGUAUGAGACUCUUUUUGUAUUUGCAUAUUCCAAGACCUCUCUGUGGGCUUGUGUGUUGUAACUUAUAUCUGUAUAAAUCCGUCUUUUCUCAGUGUGAGAAAAAAGCCCUUUUUAUCCAUAAUCUUUGAAAAGGUGAUGUAGUUUUAACCACCCCCCCCCCCCCACAUCCCCCACCCCUUUGUCGUUUUUCUAACUGACUCAUGCCAUUACGCACCAUCACGGCCUCUCGACGCACUCCGCGUUCGCUUACGUUAUCUUCUUGCCACUACCUUUAACCGUAGGAGUGACUAUAGCCAUUUGUAGGACUGCUUCUGUCUGCCACCGAAAGCACAGGGGCCCCCGGCUCGUAAUCCUUAAGGGCAGAAGCUUCCUAGCAAUCCGACGGCCAUGUCUUAAACGCAAUAAUGUUCGCUGCCGCGUGACGUCGUUCUGUAUUAACCCGCCUGUCGCUCUGGAGUCUUAAGCUUCGUGAAUUAAUUACUUUUCUCCCCUCCUGCCUCCGUGGAGUGCAUUUUCAGUUUAGAAUUACAGGGAUUCAAUGCUGGAGGUCUGAGAUAGGUGCUGUUUAUCCCUCAUUAUGGGGAUGUUACAUGAUUUUGAAUUUUUCUAAGCCCCUGAAUGUCUCUUGGAAUCUGACGUGGCCUAGGUCUGGCGUCUUCCACGCAGGAAGCCCUUGCCAGCUACUACGCUCAGGCCGUGUUGUUCCAGGCCUAGCUGAGGUGUGACCUCUAGCCCCGCCCCUUCUGCAGCUGGCAGUAAGGCCACACCCCUAACCUUGGGGACUGGCCUAUGGGGAAACAGCCUAUCUGCUGGAUGCGGGAGCGGUGAUGUCAUUACCAAGCAGUGCUGGCAUGCGGUUACCGUCGGAAAGCGAUUUGUCAGCGCCCCCCCCCCCCAACCGUGUUCAGUGUGUUGCGUUCAGUUGGGUUUCAAGCACCCAGCUGCUCAUUUGCCUUCACAAAGGCAGCUCUGAACCUGCAGCUCUCUUUCUAAUAACCUUUAUAAUAUAACGAUGGAAUAAAGCUAUUUGUUUCCCUGGCUGACGUGCAAACUGCCGUCUGCUGGUUCUUCAGGACUUUUUAGGAGGCCGGUAUUUCUGCCGUUCAGGUGAUCUGUGUUUUAAAUCCAGUCUCCCCAUGACAGCUGUUACCCACAGCGGCCUCGACACCCCCAACCCCCUUCCAGGACCAGACUGGGGCCUCCUCCCUGGUUUGUUUUCAUUCUGAGACAGUAAGAUAAACAGUGCCGGCCGUGGUGCUGAUCCUGGAUCAGUGGGGGCAGGCCCGCUUCCCUUCGUGGCAUUCUGCUUGCUGUCAAGGGGUUUACCCCACUGUCACAGUGACAUCAUCCCACAGGCAUUUUACUAAGAAUAUUUUACCUCCUGUCAAAUUUAGCAUUGUUCAGUCCAGAGCCCACUCAGUGGGGUAUCAGGGUAAUUCUCUGCCCCCCGGGUCCUAAGGGGCGGCCCUGCCGUUGUUCGCUGGCCGACAAACCAUUUCGAAAAGCCCUCGGACCCUCUUUAAAACCCAGUGUUGUGGCAGAAGGGCGCCCCCUGCUGUCAUUGUGGUGCCUCUCUUGCAUGUUGCCAAUCAGGUGUAUAACUCGUAUUGAUUGUAAACAAGCUCUCCUCCCUGAACCCUUACAGGUUAUGGUGGUGGUGGAGGAGUGGGGGGGGCAGCCCUUGUUAAGAAAUGAAAGGUGUUUUGGUUCCUCACAGGAUCAAUAUAGCUUGUAAAUAUGGAGUCUAAGCCUUCAAUCACUACAUUAGUUUUUCUGUUUUCCCUACUGAAGCUUUGCAAUAUUGAAACUUUCGGAGAUGAGGAAUGUCUUGAUGCCUUUAGUGUAGGGAAGAGCACAGCUCUGUGACUUUGUACAUGAAAAUGAAAUCACAGAUUUCGCAAGCCAUUCGUUUGAAGUUUAUCUAGGUUUUCUGACCAUUUAGAUUUUGCAAUAUUUUAUAUCCAGAAUAGGUUGAUAUUGCUUUACUGUGAAUAAGCUAUUUUUAGGCAAAUUGUAAUUUUAGCAUGCAUAUUCACAAAUCAAUGUUUAAUAGUGCUUUUCAUUUUGAUUACUUUUAUUUAAUUGGAUUAAAUGUGUAUUUAUGUACAUUUUAUUUUAUUUUUUGCCCAGCUGAUCACCAUCUUCCUUGUCGAAAUUUAUUUUCCUCUCUCAAACGGAGAGGCAUUUUUCUUUUACGUUCUGGAAUAAAAAUGGCGGAAAUGGAGUCGCA